AUGUCUGACAACUGUUCAGAAAGUAGUAUCAAACGCCAAAAAAUAAAUUUAGGCAAAAAUGAUAUUGUAGAAUCUAGCAUACAACAACAUAUAUCUUAUGAAGAUUCUGGCAUUAAACUUACGACAACUAAAAGUCUUCCCGAUUCAGAAAAUGUCGAGAGCGUCUCUCUGAGUUCUAUCCUAUACUCGGAAGAUUUGGUAGAAAUGGUUCAAUUCAAUUAUAUGUUUGAACUUGAAUUUCUGAUGUCGAAUCUACCUAAAUCUAAGCAAAAAACCAUUCCUACGACUAUUGUGCAUGGACUUAGCGAAGAAAGUGAAAGAUAUUUAAAAUCGGAAGCAAAUCUUUUCAAGAAUGUGAAACUUAUUUCACCACGACUACCUAUUCCAUACGGAACUCAUCAUACAAAAGUAAAAGAUAUUGUACAUCAAUCAUCAUGA